GCUAUCCAGCCUCUCUCGCUCUGGUGCUCUCCCUCUCUCUCCCUUUCUCUCUCGCUCUCCAAUCUCUCCCUCGCUUUCUCUCUGUGUCUUGCCAUAGAGGGCUUUCCAAGCACUUCCCCGGCAGUGUGAUCUGUGCUUGCAGGCUGCUAGUUUAUGCUGGGGAGAGCACACAGCCCAUGAGCUCUAUAUGGAUGCUGUUGCUACUCUGAUUCUCUGGAAACAAAACAGAAGAUGUCCAGCACUCCGCAUGACCCUUUCUAUUCUUCUCCCUUUGGUCCUUUCUACAGAAGGCAUACUCCAUACAUGGUGCAGCCAGAGUAUCGCGUCUAUGAGCUGAACAAGAGACUGCAGUCUCGCACAGAGGACAGUGACAAUCUUUGGUGGGAUGCCUUUACUACAGAAUUUUUUGAAGAUGAUGCAACGUUAACGCUGUCAUUUUGUUUAGAAGAUGGACCAAAGAGAUACACAAUUGGAAGGACUCUUAUUCCUCGAUACUUUAGCACAGUGUUUGAAGGGGGUGUCACUGAUCUCUAUUACAUUCUCAAGCACUCCAAAGAAUCAUACCACAACUCAUCCAUCACCGUGGACUGUGAUCAAUGUACCAUGGUCACUCAGCAUGGGAAACCCAUGUUCACCAAGGUAUGCACUGAAGGUCGCCUCAUCCUGGAGUUCACAUUUGAUGAUCUCAUGAGAAUCAAGACAUGGCACUUUACCAUUAGACAAUACAGAGAAUUAGUACCUCGCAGCAUACUAGCCAUGCAUGCUCCAGACCCCCAGGUGCUAGAGCAGCUCUCCAAAAAUAUCACUAGGAUGGGUUUAACCAACUUCACCCUCAACUACCUCAGGUUGUGUGUAAUACUGGAGCCAAUGCAAGAACUAAUGUCAAGACAUAAAACAUAUAACCUAAGUCCACGGGACUGUCUGAAGACCUGUUUGUUUCAAAAAUGGCAGCGAAUGGUUGCACCACCAGCAGAACCUACACGACAGACAACCACCAAGAGGCGGAAAAGGAAAAAUUCCACCAGCAGUACAGCAAACAACACAAACAGCACAUACACUAAGAAAAAAGCACCAGCUACGUGUCUCAACUUAUCCAGUCAAGUACCUCUCAUCUCUACAAAAAAAUGCAUAGGCGAUAAGACAAGAGUCAGGAGGAAUUAUCGUGGAAUACGGAACGGUUUGGAUGUGAUGGUGGUAGGAGAACCAACUUUGAUGGGAGGCGAAUUCGGAGAUGAAGAUGAAAGGCUUAUCACUAGACUAGAAAACACACAGUAUGAUGCAGCUAAUGGAAUGGAUGACGAAGAAGAUUUCAACAACUCACCUGCACUCGGAAACAAUAGUCCAUGGAACAGCAAAUCGGCCACUGCCCAGGACACCAAACCAGAAAACCCAACUCAACAGGCUUCCCAAUAGGUCGAAAAUCGACCAGAGAACUUGAUAAGGCAUAAGAUGUUGAGUUACAGAUCAUGGCAUUGUUACUUUAUGGCAGUACAAUUAUACAGGAGUGUCAUCAUAUCGACCAAGGCAUUCAGACAGACAACUGUUUCCUAAUGGUAUUUGGUAACAUAUUUUUCACUAACUGUACAAGUUUCCUCAUGAAUUACUCUGCAGCUUGUGAUACGUUAUUAACCACAGUAUACAUUGGUUUCAUUGAUAGAUCCUAAAGAUCCAUGGGAACAAAUAUUGUCACUAUAAAGCUACAAUUUCCCCCAAAAAGUAAUACAAAAUAACAUUUUUAAUUUCACAUGAAUUGCUUUGAAUUGCCACCAAUAAUUGGAAAUCAUGUUUAUUCUUAAAUAAGUCUUCGAACUGUAUGGUGUACAUAGGAUAUACAAAGAAGAACACAAGGUUCACCUAUCAGAGGUUUGCUGAUAACAUGCCGAUAUUGACGUGAGGACGGUCAGUCAUGUGGCUUCCCUCAGAGGACAAGUAGAGGAACUCUAUGAUUGCUUCCACUAGUACAGGGUUUCUCAAUUCCGGUCCUCAGGACCCACCUACCAAGACAUGACUGGAUGUGGGUCCCGAGGACCGGUGUUAAGAAACCCUGUGCUAGUAGGUAAUGAUAAUUCCCAUUCUUUUCAAUAAAGAGAAAACUAUGUCUUAAGGAGCAGCCUGGCCCACUAGGGCAAAUGAAAGCAUACAUAUAAUAAACAUCAGAGUACCUCUAAGUAAAUUGUCAUAGACUUUUACAUAAAAAAUAUAGCAUAUCUAAUGUGUGAGUAUGUGAGGGCCUUCUACAGACAGAUUUUUUUUUUACACAACUAUUAUGACAAAAAUGUCACAAAGUAUCCCACACGCCAUAUUUGCCCUAUAGUUUUUCCAACGUGGUAAGAACAGUAGGUGGCGCUUAACUGGAGGGGGUGGAGGCUCUGCAGGUCGACAGAUUCACUAUAAUUUACACCAGAAUCUGGUGUCAUUAUACUGUAGAUUAAACCUACACCAGGUCAUAGCUGGCAUAGAAUUGUUUUAUUUUUGCCGCAUGGACUGAUAAAUUCAUUAACAAGCCUGGUCUAAUUGCCUUUUUCCUAAGACGGGCACAUAAAAACACCAGUUUUAGUAAAUCUGCCCCAUAGUAUGGUAUGUACCUUUUGGAAUACAAGCUUUUUAUUUUAUUUAAGUCGUUUUUAUUAACAAAUUUCCCCGUUUCCAUAUGAGCUCCCUAAACAAUUUAUUUAUUGAGUGAAAAAAACAUAUGGGGGAGUUAUGUAGCAGAUAAAGUAGCUGUGGCAUCCAGAUCAUCUUAAUAAGAUUAAUCCGUCCUACUACUGACAGCGGUAGCUUGGACCAUACAUGCAUUUUCUGUUUAAAUCUGCCUAUGAGGGGGAGGAUGAAUUCAGCUUCUCAAAUUCCAUGAGUCUCCUAGACACCACCACCCCAAAAUACUUAAAUUCAUUCACCACUUGCAGUCUGUCUGAGUAUAAGUCACAUAAUCAUCCACAUUAUCCAUAGGGAGGAGGAACGAUUUGCUCCAAUUUAUUACCAAGCCGGAGUAGCGCCCAAAAGCACCGAUCAUCUCGAUAACCUCCGGUAGGGACUCCCUAGCCUCGGCCAGAAACAGCAAGGGAUCGUCCGCAUAUAAUGCAAUUUUCUCCUGUGACCCGCCUCGGCUAAACCCUGUAAUCCCGUCAUGACUCCUGAUAAUAGCUGCCAAUGGCUCGAUGGACAGGGCAAACAGUAACAGAGAUAAAGGGCAACCUUGUCUGGUUCCCCGGUAUAUCCGGAAUCCCUCUGAUAGACAUCUGUUUACCCGUCCCCACGCUGUAGGCCUGCCAUAUAACAGCUACACCCAAGCUAUGAAACUAUCCCCCAACCCAAACCUCUCUAGUACCUCCCACAGCUACUCCCACUCAAUACUACUAAAUGCCUUAGCGGUAUCCAGGGAACAGAUGGCCCUACCGCAUGGGUUGUCCACUGGAAUCUGCAUAUUAAGAUAUAGACAUCUGAUAUUAACCGCCGUGGACCUAUCUGUCAAAAAUCCAGACUGAUCCAUAUGUAUAAUGAAGGAUAUGACCGUAGAGAGGCGCAUAGCCAGCACUUUAGCCAAUAUCUUUAUGUCUGUGGGCAACAAUGAUAUAGGUCGGUAUGAAUCCAGGAGGAGAGAACAACUAUAAUAGCCUCCUGCAUGGAUGCCAGAAGCGCCCCUUCUCCGAGGUCUCCUGAUAAACCUUCAGCAACUGAGGUAGUAAAAUAUCUCCAAACUUCUUAUAAAUUUCUACCAGCAGCACAUCAGUACCCGGUGAUUUAUUAUUAGCCAUGGAAGAUACUGCUUCCUCAAUUUCUAUCAGUUGUAGCGGACCAUUAAGGUACGUUCUAUCUGAAUUUGACAGGCUAGGCAAGGGUACCCCACGUAAAUAUGAUGCUAUGUCAUCCCUAUUACAACCUAUACGUGACUGAUACAAAUCGGCAUAAAAGGAGCCAGACAGACACUAUUGCCUAGCUAUACACAAUUUCCGUUCCAUCCACCCCUGUAAAGCAGUGACAUAUGCCGACGUGGACUGUGCCCUAGCCACAAGGGCUAGUGUGUGGCCUGCCUUCUCCACCUCAUCAUAAUACUGUCGCUGAAAGGAUUGCUUUGGGCGGGCAAAUUCCACAACAUGUGAGUUAUAUGCAUCCUGUGCCUCCUUCCAGACAGAUAAAGACAGCUGAUCGCCCUUCUCCACAAAGUUUGCCUCUGUCACCCCAAUCUGGUCUCCAAACUGUCGAAUUUUAAGCUUGGCUCUACUAAUUCCCUGAAUGAGCACCCCCCUUAGGCAAGACCUCAUGGCGUCCCAUACCACACCGCCCGCGGCUGAGCCUGCAUUCAGAUUUAAAUACUCCUGGAUAGUAGAACUAAUAUAUGAACAGUCAAUUACCUGUAACCAGAAGGAAUUAAAUGUCCAUAGCCGUUGAGAGAUGGGAACCACGGGUGAGGCGGGCAGACGCAGGAGCAAAGGGAAAUGGUCAGACAAAGCUCUAGCCAAGUACUUCACCUCCACCACCUGUCUGCCCACUAACUCAGAUCCCAGCGCCAGAUCAAUGCAUCAUAAAGCCUUGUGCAAUCUGGUAUAGCAAGAGAACAUGCGUACAUUGGGAUGUCAGGUGCGCCACAAAUCUAUCAGAGCCACCUCCUCCAACAAUCUACCAAAGGCUGAUACAGGACCAUCGGUAUCCGCCCGUGGCCCCCCAUAUCUAUCCCAGCAGGGUUACCAUUAAUAAAUGUCAAGGCACCUCUUAACGUCACACUACUAUAAGGUGGAGGUAUAUCGAUACUAACAGAUAUUCCUAUGUGAAGAUAGUACAGUGUAUGCAAAUAAAGCGACCUUCGGGGUCCAUACUGGACGACUGAACCUUGAAGGGAAUUGAUUAAUGGACCAGGAUGCUAGACCCUCGGGAAUAGCUAGAUAACACUGAGUGGAAAGUAGGACCCAUCCAUGACCUAUGGAAUGCCUGUGCGCCCUCCUUAGUAAAAUGGAUUUCUUGCAAACAUACAAUAGCGUGGCAAUACGGGCGCAGAUAAUCCAUUAUGGUCACCCAAGUCACGCACAUUCCAGCUCACAAUAUUAAAUACAUUAGCCAUACUUAGACAUCAGAACUAUGACUUACUGUAGCUGAUAACAUAAUAUAAUAGGAGCAUUGUAGAUGGAAUCCAUACAAUGACCGUGCAGUACCAAUAAGCAGGCAUGACAAUAUGGAGGUUGGUGCAGCAGGGGCUAAGGAGACAGUUGUGGCAUAGGAGGAGGGGUCCAUAUCCCCCAGAGUGUAGAGCCAAUCUUAAAAGAUGUCAGAUACAGAGCAUCAAUACGGACAUGCUAUAAAAAGUCCCCUAAAAAAAAGAGAACAAAAACAAAAACAGAACCAAAAAAUCGUGACUGCAUUAUAGCAUCCAACAUGCCGAGGCACAAGUCCUCCUUAAAACUGGACAUAUAAGCAACGUUUCAAACUUUCUACUGCUUCUGAGCGGGAUUGUCCCCCGCCAUAAAAGGAUACACGUGCUCCGUGGGCAGUUCAGUAGUAGAACAUUAGAAGGGUAACCUCCCAACAGGUCGCUCAGUGAUAACCGAGGGUACAAACUUGACAUAAACAGAUGUCCAUCAUCUCUCCUCCUGUCGCAGCUGACGUUCAUGCUGGUCAAUCCACGAGGCUGCAUCUUACGGUGUAGUGAAGAAAUAAACAGAUCCCAGAGCAGCCAUUCGCAGACAUGCUGGGUACAUCAUAGAAUAGGACACUUGCAAGGAACAAAGUCGCCACUUGACAUCCAAGAACUGGCUCUGCUUUUUUUGGACCUCUGAGGAAAAGUCCUGAAAGAAUUGUUUGCCCAUUAAUGGUGAUGGCAGGGCGGUUUUUGGCUGCCCGUAAAAUGGCAUCCCGGUCUCUGCAAUGAAGUAAUUUAAUCAGAAGGGGUCGUGAAGGCCAUCCCAGUGGCAGCGCUCUGGUUGGGACUCGAUGCGCCUGUUCCACCGCAUAUAGUGGGGAAAGCACCUCAGUGCCGAAAACUUCUUUAAGCCAGCUUUCAAAGUAGGACAUAGGAUCCCCAGGGAUCAUACAUUGUUGCGUCUAAGGCGGUUCUCUAGAUCGUCAGUCUUGGUGAUGAAUGUUGAGAUCUGCUGUUCAUGGGUGCAGGAUGCCCUGGUUAGAGGAGCUAACUCACACCGCUGCUGCUCACAUCCCGGUCAUCCCCCGGAAUACAAGCUUUACAUGUUGAGAACCUAAGCAGUGGGAUACUCUCUAGAUCCUUCAGAAGACAACCCCAUUUGGAGGUGACUCUAGAGACAAUCACUGGUUAAUAGGGUUUAUUUCUUAUGGGUUGUUUGCUAUGUCCCCUACAAGACCUUAGUGAUGAUAUGUCCUGCCUGUGUGUACAAGGAAAAUGACAGUGAUUUUAGAAUAAUACGUUUUGUAUAGAUAGCGAGUGUGACUUGAGAUGAUAUUUUUAUGGGGCAACCCAAGAAACCCAAGUCCAAUACUCUUUCCUUUCUAUUACUCCUCCAAAAUGGUAUUGGAUUCCUUGGUUUCUUAACUGGAGGCAGAUCAGCCUACUUUUUUUAAAUGUCUUCUUGACAUAGGUUUAUACCGGUAAAAAGUAUUCAAAGAUGUUGUUCCUAAUAAAUAAGUACGUUAAUUUUUCAGGUGACACCUUGAAUUUCUAAGGUAUUGUACAUUAAGUGUAUACUAGGCCAAACUUGAUUAUUUUAAAUUAAAUGGCUUGUCCAUCUUUAAAAAAAAAA